CAAAUUUUACCCAAGAGCAUCUUCAUCAUCAUCAUCAUCAUCAUCAUCAUCAGACCAUGAAGGGAGCGAGUGAAGUCAGACCCAUGGAAGCGCAUAGAAAGCUGCUGAAGCCAUUGGUGGAGAGGAGGCGGCGGGAGAGGAUAAACAACAGCCUGGAGAAGCUGAGAAUUUUCCUUUCUCAAGCCUUGAAAAGCGAGAAACUAAAGAAUCCCAAGGUGGAGAAGGCUGAGAUCCUAGAGUGCACGGUCCAGUUCCUCCAGUCCAGUAAGCUUGUCCCACAGGAUGGGGACGUAGGCAAUAAAGGGUAUCAGUCGGGGUUCCAGCAUUGCCUGGAGACAGCCUUGCACUUCAUGAACUCUAAACCCGACCUCAACGUUGCAACCAAGGACUUCCUCUCCCACCAGUUGUCCUCCUAUAAGCCACCUGCUGAAGCCUGGAGUCCCACCGACACUCCAAAACCCACUCCUUCCAUUGGGUACCAAGACUCAGCACCACAUUUAUCUUCCAACACCAUCUCCGUCAGCCCCACAAAGACUCUGGUUGAUGGGCAGUUCUCUCCCCAGACCUUCCAGACCUGGAGACCUUGGGUAUGAUGACUUUCCACCAUGGAAGGGUAAGAGAAUAACCUUGGAGACUUGGAGACCUUGGUUAUGAUGACAUUCCACCAUGGGAGGGUGAAAGAAUAGCCUUGGAGACCUUGGGUAGGAUGACUUUCCACCAUGGGAGGGUGAAAGCAUAGCCUUGGAGACCUUGGGUAUGAUGACUUGCCACCAUGGAAGGGUGCAAAAAUAGCCUCCAGGCUUGAAUUAUGGGGCUUUGCCAGAGUCUUCAGGCAACUGGCGAUGCUACAGAAGAGACUUUAUUAGGAAACUAUUUCUCCAUGACAUGAAAAUCUGCAGAACCGUUUAGCAGAACCCAAAGCUCUUGAGAUACAACGUAUCUGUGUGUGUAAAUACUGUGUAAAUAAGGAGGGUUUGAGCACAUUACAUGCGUAUGGGAGACUUCCGUGUCCCUAUAGACUGUAUAUAUUGUGUACAUAAUGUAUAGAUUGUUGUGUAUUUUGGAUCUGGAGCUUGUGUCACGCAGGCACAGAGGAGGCGGAGCCUUGGAAAGGAGCAGAAAUGCCCAAAUGAUGCAUUUUAUAUAGAAGCUUCUGAGAGUGGGGUCAGUUUCCCACACUGUGAGGCUCAGAGCUUAUGUAUUUAGUAUCUGUAUAUUUAUUCCUCUGUCACUUACCUUCCAGCAUUGAUUGGAUUCUGUAAAUAAAACCUUUACUUGUCCUGAA